CCAUCAUUUUUUCAUUCGUGAAUAAUUAUAAUCAACAACUAUGUCGCAUCUUAAUUCUGGUCGCCUGAAUCUGUCAUCAUUACGAGAUUUUCAACGAACCGAUCUGUUUGCUCUUCUGGAUUCGAUCGAUGGAACCAAAGCUAUCGUAUGGGAUCAACAAUUGAUCGCUCCUUUUGAACUUAUUAGUAAUAUAAAAUCAUUCAUGGAGCAUAAAGUUAUACAAAAUUUGAAAUUUCGAUCCGUACAAGGAUCGAUGGUUGAAGCUCAAAAUGUUGUUUAUUUUAUCCGACCGACCCUAAGUUAUAUGGACACAAUAGCCGAGGAUAUUCGAGCUUCAGAAUCAAUUCGUAAUUGUAAUUUUCAUAUAAUUUUUGUACCAAGAAAAUGUAUUUUAUGUGAAAAAAGAUUGGAAACUUUGGGCGUAUUUGGUUCGUUUACUACGAUCGAAGAAUAUUCACCCGAUUUCUUUGUUCUGGAUUCUGAUGUUAUUUCCAUUGAAUGGCCUUUAUGUUUUCGUGAAUGUAAUCUUGAAAUGGAUUAUUCUUCAUUAUAUCAAUUGGCAAAAUCAUUAAUGACAUUACAAUGUGCCUUCGGUAUCAUACCAUCUGUUUAUGGUAUUGGCCGUUUGUCGAAAAUCCUAUAUGAUUAUAUGAACAAAAUGAAAAGUGAAUUAAUCAGUAUUGAAAACAAUGUUGUAUCCAUGAUUGAUCAAUUGAUAUUGAUCGAUAGAUCUGUUGAUCUGCUUUCACCAUCCAUUACGCAACUUACCUAUGAAGGGCUAUUGGAUGAAAUAUAUGGUAUCAAUCAGACAGCAAUUCGUUUGCCACCAGAAAAAUUCAUAACCAAUAAUGAUGAUCAAACGACAUCUUCGGCACCAAAAAAAUCACAAGUUGGAAAAUUCUAUUUGAAUUCUGGUGAUGAACUUUUCAAAAAACUUCGUGAUCUUUAUUAUCUUCGAGUUGGACCAGUGUUGCGCGUAUCAGCAAAAAAUCUUACCACUCAAUUCGAUGAACGACGUACAGCUAAAACUGUUAGAGAAAUAAAACAGUUUGUAGAAAAAAUACCUUAUCUUCAACGACUUCGGAACCAACAAGCCAAUCAUACAUCGAUGGCGGAACUAAUUCGUGAAGUCACCGACCGUGAAGAGUUUCAUGAAAGGAUAUUUUGUGAAAACGAAUUACUGAAUUGUUUCGAAAUCGAUUCUAUCAAUCCAUUUAUUGAAACUUGUAUCAGUCGUUCAGAAGAUAUUAUAACGGUUUUACGUCUAAUUUUACUACAAACUAUUUGUGCCAAUGGUCUUAAACAAAAAACACUUGAUUAUUAUAAACGUGAAAUUUUACAAACAUAUGGCUAUCAACAUUUAUUAACAUUAAAUGCAAUGGAAAAAUGUGGUUUACUUCGAAUUUCAAAUGGUUAUGGAAUAUCAUAUUCAGGAUUACGGGUAAAAUUCCGAUUGACAAAAGAAUCUUCUAAAUCCAACAAUGCCAAUGUUAACAAUGGUGAUAAUCAGCUGAUAUUGUAUCAGGGACAAGUUCAUGAUGUUUAUUUUCCAUUCACCGUUCGUAUUGUUCAACAUAUCGAUCAAUUUGGUUACCGAUCAUUCAAUGAUGCAUUCACUAGACAAUGUAAACCAGAACCAAAUGGACAGAAUCCAUAUACGAUAUUCGAAGAAAAUCAAUCAACCGGUAAUAUUCGUCGCCGACGUAAUUCCGAUACAACAUCCAUGCAAUCAACAUCGGAAACAAAUGAUAAAUUAGUAUUGGUUUUAUUCAUCGGUGGCUGUACAUUUUCGGAAAUAUCUGCACUACGUUUAUUGGCACAGAAAGAAAAUGUCAAUUCGGAAUUUAUCAUUGCAACCACAUCAAUAAUUAAUGGUAAAACACUUCUUCAAUCUAUUGCCGAUCCUUUGUCUACGAAGAAAAAAUAAGGCUUUCUUCUUCAUUUUUUUUUAUCACAGCUUAAAUUUGUUUAAAUGAUAGUCAAAUAAAAACAACAACAAAAAAAUUA